GCGCCCGGGAGCGCGCAGUGCGGCGCGGCGAGCCCCGGCUGCGGCGAGCCCCGGCGCUCCCGGAGCAGCUGAGGACCCAGGCAGCCCUCCUGCACGUGCCAGCGGCCAGCUCGCCUCGGGGGACGCAGCUGAGGUCGUGGCCUUGUCCCGAUGUCCAAGAUGGUCUUGCACAGACCCCACCUCACCUGCGCAGGGAUAGCCUUCGCCCUGUACUUCCAGCACCUCGUCAGCGCCAUCGAAGUCCCUUUGGAUUCAAAUAUUCAGAGUGAAUUGCCCCAGCCCCCCACGAUCACCAAGCAGUCCGUGAAGGACUACAUCGUGGACCCGCGGGACAACAUCUUCAUUGAAUGUGAAGCCAAAGGGAACCCCGUUCCCACCUUUUCCUGGACGCGGAACGGGAAGUUCUUCAACGUGGCCAAGGACCCCAAGGUGUCGAUGCGGCGGCGGUCGGGGACGUUGGUCAUCGACUUCCACAGCGGGGGGCGGCCGGAGGACUACGAGGGCGAGUACCAGUGCUUUGCCCGCAAUGACUACGGCACCGCGCUCUCCAGCAAAAUCCACCUCCAGGUGUCCAAGUCUCCCCUGUGGCCCAAGGAGAAGGUGGAUGUGAUCGAGGUCGAUGAAGGUGCUCCGCUGAGCCUGCAGUGCAACCCGCCGCCCGGCCUGCCCUCUCCCGUCAUCUUCUGGAUGAGCAGCUCCAUGGAGCCCAUCCACCAGGACAAGCGCGUCUCCCAGGGCCAGAACGGCGACCUCUACUUCUCCAACGUCAUGCUGCAGGACGCCCAGACCGACUACAGCUGCAACGCCCGCUUCCACUUCACCCACACCAUCCAGCAGAAAAACCCCUACACCCUCAAGGUGAAAACCAAGAAACCCCAUAACGAAACGUCCUUACGAAAUCACACUGACAUGUACAGUGCCCGAGGGGUUACGGAAACGACGCCCAGCUUCAUGUACCCGUACGGGACCUCGAGCAGCCAGAUGGUGCUCAGGGGGGUGGACCUGCUGCUGGAGUGCAUCGCUUCGGGAGUACCAGCACCAGACAUCAUGUGGUACAAGAAAGGAGGUGAGCUCCCCGCAGGCAAGACCAAGCUGGAGAACUUCAACAAGGCUCUUCGGAUCUCCAACGUCUCGGAGGAAGACUCCGGGGAGUAUUUCUGCUUGGCCUCCAACAAGAUGGGCAGCAUCCGCCACACGAUCUCGGUGAGAGUGAAGGCUGCUCCGUACUGGCUGGACGAGCCCCAGAACCUCAUUUUAGCCCCUGGUGAGGACGGCAGGCUGGUUUGCCGAGCCAACGGGAACCCCAAGCCCGCGAUACAGUGGCUGGUGAACGGGGAGCCCAUAGAAGCGUCUCCGCCCAACCCGAGCCGCGAGGUGGCUGGAGACACCAUCGUGUUUCGAGACACCCAAAUCGGCAGCAGUGCCGUGUACCAGUGCAACGCGUCCAACGAGCACGGCUACCUCCUGGCCAACGCCUUCGUCAGCGUCCUGGAUGUGCCACCACGGAUCCUGGCUCCUCGCAACCAGCUGAUCAAAGUCAUCCAGUACAACAGGACCCGGCUGGACUGCCCCUUCUUCGGCUCCCCCAUCCCCACCCUGCGCUGGUUUAAGAACGGCCAGGGGAACACGCUGGACGGAGGGAACUACAAGGCGCACGAGAACGGGAGCCUGGAGAUGAACAUGGCUCGGAAGGAGGACCAGGGCAUCUACACCUGCGUCGCCACCAACAUCCUGGGCAAAGCGGAGGCCCAGGUUCGCCUGGAAGUGAAAGACCCCACCAGGAUUGUGCGAGGCCCCGAGGACCAGGUGGUGAAGAGGGGCUCCAUGCCUCGCCUCCACUGCCGCGUCAAGCACGACCCCACGCUGAAGCUCACGGUCACCUGGCUGAAGGACGAUGCGCCCCUCUACAUUGGAAACAGGAUGAAGAAAGAAGACGACGGUCUGACAAUAUAUGGCGUGGCGGAAAAGGACCAAGGCGAUUACACCUGCGUAGCCAGCACGGAGCUGGACAAGGAUUCAGCUAAAGCCUACCUCACUGUCCUAGCAGUCCCUGCUAACCGCUUGAGAGACUUACCUAAAGAGCGCCCCGACCGGCCGCGGGACCUGGAGCUGACGGACCUGGCCGAGAGGAGCGUGAGGCUGACCUGGAUUCCCGGCGAUGACAACAACAGCCCCAUCACAGACUACAUCGUGCAGUUCGAGGAGGAUCGCUUCCAGCCCGGCACCUGGCACAACCACUCCAGGUACCCCGGCAGCGUCAACUCGGCCGUCCUGAGCCUCUCCCCGUACGUCAACUACCAGUUUCGGGUGAUUGCCGUGAACGACGUGGGCAGCAGCCUGCCCAGCGUGCCCUCCGAGCGAUACCAGACCAACGGGGCGCGACCUGAAAUUAACCCAACAGGAGUUCAGGGAGCAGGGACCCAAAAAAACAACAUGGAGAUAACCUGGACGCCCCUGAACGCAACGCAGGCGUACGGGCCCAACCUCAGGUACAUCGUGAGAUGGAGGCGCAGGGACCCGCGCGGGAGCUGGUACAACGAGACGGUGAAGACCCCGAGGCACGUGGUCUGGAACACCCCCAUCUACGUCCCCUACGAGAUCAAAGUGCAGGCAGAGAACGACUUCGGCAGAGCACCAGAGCCUGACACCGUCAUCGGCUACUCGGGGGAAGAUUAUCCCAAGGCUGCGCCUACGGAUGUUAGGAUAAGAGUUUUAAACAGCACUGCCAUUGCCCUGACGUGGACCCGCGUGCACCUGGACACCAUCCAGGGACAGCUUAAGGAGUACAGAGCCUAUUUCUGGAGAGACAGUAGUUUGCUGAAGAACCUGUGGGUCUCCAAAAAACGGCAGUAUGUGAGUUUUCCUGGAGACCGAAACCGGGGCAUAGUGUCCCGGCUGUUUCCUUACAGCAACUACAAGCUUGAGAUGGUUGUAACCAACGGCAGAGGAGAUGGGCCUCGCAGCGAAAUUAAGGAGUUCCCCACCCCAGAAGGAGUGCCCAGCUCCCCCAGGUAUUUAAGAAUCCGACAGCCAAACCUGGAAAGCAUCAAUCUGGAGUGGGAUCACCCAGAGCAUCCCAAUGGAGUCCUCACAGGAUACAACCUUAGAUAUCAAGCCUUUAACGGAUCCAAAACGGGCAGGACCCUGGUAGAGAACUUCUCUCCCAAUCAGACAAGGUUCACCCUGCAGAGGACGGACCCCAUCUCGCGCUACCGAUUCUUCCUGCGCGCACGGACCCAGGUGGGGGACGGAGAAACCAUCGUGGAGGAGUCGCCAGCCCUGCUGAACGAAGCCACGCCAACCCCAGCCGCGACCUGGUUGCCUCCAACCGCAGUCGAUCUCGCCAGCCCUACGGCAACCCCAACCACUCCAACUACCACAACUACCACAACCACCACCACCGCCACCACCACCGACACCACCACCACCACUCCAGCCGCCACCACUCUGCCCACCACCACCGCCGCCAGCACCACAACAACUACAGAGAGGGCUCCGGCAGCCACCACCAAGCAGGAGCUGGACACCAAUGGAUCGUCCAUAUGGGACAUAAGAGCUUUGGCUAAUAGUAACUGGGCAAACAUCACCUGGAGCCACAAUUACUCUGCAGGAACUGACUUUGUGGUUAAGUAUAUCACCAGUAACAAGACAGAGAAAUCCAUCCCCGUUAAAGCUCAGACCCCCUCCUCUGUGCAGCUGGCGAAUCUGACGCCGGGGAUGGUGUACAAGCUGUGGGUAUUCCCCAUAUGGUCUAGCCCCAGCGAGCACUCGUACAUAACCUUUACCACCAGCUCAGCCUACACCAAGAACCACGUGGACAUCGCGACCCAGGGCUGGUUCAUCGGGCUGAUGUGUGCCAUCGCUCUCCUGGUCCUCAUUCUGCUGAUCGUUUGCUUCAUUAAGCGGAGCAGAGGAGGGAAGUACCCAGUGCGAGACAAUAAAGACGAGCACCUGAACCCCGAAGACAAGAACGUGGAGGACGGUUCCUUCGACUACAGGUCUCUUGAAAGCGACGAAGACAACAAGCCCCUGCCCAACAGCCAGACGUCCCUGGACGGCACGAUAAAGCAGCAGGAGAGCGACGACAGCUUGGUGGACUACGGCGAGGGGGGCGAGGGGCAGUUCAACGAGGACGGCUCCUUCAUCGGGCAGUACACGGUGAAGAAGGACAAGGAGGAGACGGAAGGCAACGAGAGCUCGGAAGCCACGUCCCCAGUCAAUGCUAUCUACUCGCUGGCAUAGCGCAAGGACACUGGCACCACGAACAGCCCGAGGGGUUUGUAGUGGGCGGGGGGUUCACCAACAGCCGCCGCCGCCGCUACCUCCGACACAACCGUGUGAACAGCCGAGGACAGUAAAAAAAAAAAAAAAAAAAAAAAAAAAAAAAGGAAAAAAAAUAAGAAAAAAAAUAGAAAACAAAAAAUAAUCCAAGCAAACAGGCAGACCAGGUGGCUGCCAACGCCAUCUUAUCCUUCGCAAACAAGCAAAUGGCAAGGACUCCCGAGGCGCGGACGGGCUGGAGCUGGAAUCGGAGCUGGAGGAGGCGCGGGGUGUGGGGUGCAGGAGCAGGGCGCAGCCAGCUCCCCCAGGUCCUUUUUGUUCUUUCAGGAGGGAGCAAAAAUUCUGUUUUAAUAUUUAUAGGAAGGUUCCAAAUAACCGGGAAAAAAAAAGGAAUUUGGGGGAGGGAAGAGGGCUGAGUAGAGCACCGAGAGUGUCAUGAAGGCAUGAAAGAAAAGGAGAGCGGUCGAUAUUUGGGCACCACCCCCACGGCACGGUACUGCGGUGAUGUCCAUCCUCACGCAGCACCUUGCCCAGAGCCUCUCCCGAGCCUCCCUCCUGAAAGACCGAGCAGCACCUCGACUGGGAACCCGCUGGGACCGCGCCGUACCUCGUGUGGGUGCUGAGCCUCCGUGUCCGUGUCCCCUGGGGGCCACCCACCACCUCUGGGUGGCUCGGGGGAGUCCCUGGAGGACGAGGAGCUGCGGAUGAGCCGGGGGGGGUUGCUGGAGGAUGGCCGGGUGCCGCUCGCCUGCCGAGCCCGGGUGAGGCUCGCUCGCCAGGGUAACAGCACCGCUUGGCUGGGGAACCACAGGCAAACCAUUUCCUUUUAGUCUUUGCUUUGUGAGAAGCUGGGGGAAAAGCGCCCCCCAGACCAUGCCUGCUUUCUUUUAAAGGCGACUCCAUAAACCUUAUGUAGCAAAGAGGGAGUGGAAGCAGGACCGGUAUUAACAAAGGACGAGGGGACCAGAAAUUGCUUAUUUAUGAAAAAAAAAAAUAAAAAUCAGGACAAAUGACCACAAACACACACACACAGCCCCAACCACCCGGUCAGGCCGAGAAGCACCCGCGGGGACCGGGUGGCAGAUCCCUGCCAUCGCCCUGCGCUGCAGCUCCGGAGCCCGGUGGGGACACGGCCACGCGUCCCUCGGGGACAGCACCGAGCUCCUCGUCCCCCCCAGCAGCAGGGGAUGCUCCAGGCCGUGUGUUCCCAGCCCAGCCCUCCUCCUCCCAUCUUACAGUGGCCUUUCCCCCCCCCCUCGAUCAAUCAGCCUGAGAGACGCUUCCACGCGCGCGGACCCCGCCUCCGCUCCGUUAUUUUUACAUAUCAAGAAAACGCAAUUUAGGUCCAACCCGUUAGCACGCCGCAACCCAAGCGUCUCGGGUAGGAGUGCUCCUUCACAUGCCUUACACAGCUUCGAACUUCCCGGGAAGUUUUAACGAACUGAUCCUAACCCCCCACACACACACCGCUUCCGCGCCCCUAAGGCGGCGGGCGACCCGCCGGCCCCGUAGGAGUAGGACACUGGGAGCCGUCCCAGCGGAGACCGCAUGGAUCCUUGUAGAGGGUAGAGUUUUCUAACAGCCAGCACGUAGUGGCCAACGCCGUGUGUAUCCUCCCACUUCCUGCACUUUCGAAACCAAAGGUACCUUCGCGGAGAGAGAUCGGAUUUCUUCGGACCAUUUCACGGACGUCGAAUGAUGUUAGGAUGGAUUUUUCUUUCGUUUCUUUCCUACGGAGGAGGGUUUUGUUCAGCUUAAUGGAUUAAAUGCAAUAGGAUUAAAGCAAUUAUUCUUUUAGCUCGCAAGCUGGUUUGCUACGAAGACGUAUUGCUAACGAGAAUAAUUCUACUAAUAUGGAUUGCUCACUUGUACUUUGCCACCUUCUUGAAGCUGCUAACGGCACAACGACCCUGCGCUUCGGGGAAGGGAGCCUGGGCCGGGGCAGCACCAUGCAGAGAGAACGGGAGAGAGCUGGAAGGGAAGGGAGCAGCAGGCGAGGUGGGUGCACCACCUAAAAAGGGAGGCAGAGACCCUGUAGCCGGGGUGCUGCUGCCCUGGGGCUGCUCAGGAGCCAUCCACCAGGGUUGAUGCGAUCCCAUCCCCACCGCUGCUGCCGAUGCGCUUUAAGGCGUGCGUCCCCCAGCCCACCCAGCAGUCGCCUUCAGUUUUUAAGCAGACGCAUUCAGCUCGAUGUAACGCGGCUCUCGGUCACGGGAAUCGCCAACGUGACAGCCCACGGCUGUCCUGACAGCGGCGCUGAGUUUGCAUAACGUGGAGAGAGCAACCUGCAGCCUUCGCCACCCAGCAGCGGGCUCCGGGCGCAGAAAUUCUCCCUGCUUUGUCUCUCUGCUUAGCAGACCGGCUGCUCACGGGGACCAGGAAUCUCUCGGCUACCACACGACAUCUCCAACCCUCGAGGAAGCUGGUCAGGCACCCCUGGAAGCAGGGUGGUCUGUGCCGUGUGUCUGUGUUAUGUGCCAUCUGUACUAAAGCCUCCGUUUGUGUCCUGCCCUUAACCACAGCUUUACUCAGCAAACCUCUCCGGGUCCUGUUGGAAGCAGAGCAGUGCCCACCAUGCGGCUUUUCCAUGCGUGCCCAGCACACCACGGCCUUGGCGGGCAGGAAAGGAGCUGGGCUCGACCUGGCCAAGCCCCAGAAAGCUCUUACAGAAACACCAACGGGCUCUGAGCAUCGCCUUGCUUGUGAGCACGCAGGCAAGGAAGGCGUUGCCUGCAGAGGGCCCGUGAAUUACUUAUGGGCUCGUAUUGGCUGCAUGUAAAAUUACAUAAAAAUUGUAAGAUAUAAUGAUUUUUUAACUAUAUUUCAUUGCAACUUCCCCUAAAGUUUCAGCAGAGAUCAGCAGGGAGGUGCAGGAGGGCUCAGACUCCCCUGCAAUGUCCAUUGAGGGGUCCCUGUCCCUCGCCAGGACCCGCACAGCUGCUCCAGAGCAGGGCACGCUCUGACCUCUUCUGCAAAAGAUGUGUCUUCAUUAAGGAGCUGAAUUAGGAGCAAACACUUAAAAAUUUAAAAAUAUAGAGAGGUGAGCCGGACCCAAAUCAAAGCGCUCUUAGAAGCUGGAGAAAAGUAAUUUGGGUCCAACUCCAACCUAGCAAAUUUGAGCCUGUUUCUAGAAGAGCCUGAGCCCAAACCUCAGCCGUGCCAUGGAUUUGGAGACCGGCUCUGCUGGGAGCAUCCAGGCACGGCCCCCCCGAAAUGCAGCACGUGGCUUCGUGACGUCCUUCGUGCGCACGGCCAGCUGGCACCGACCACAGGGGCACGAGCACGAGACAGCAGAGAGCAGUUGCUGCUUUGCUGUGGUCUUUAGGCUGCUCCUGUCCCCUCUGGAGUGACGUCGCAGUGAGACAGAGAAGCUGCGGGAACCACCACGAUUCGGUACGAGCCCCCCAAAACCCUGCUCACGGAAACACCCAAAGCCCACCCCGUCUGCAAGCCAGGUCCCAGCACCCCCAUACUCACAGCCCCUGUCCAGUGCUGCCUUCUUGCAGAGGAAAGCCCCAAGCCCACGCAGAGCGGCCACUUCUGCCCCUGGAGAUGGAUCCGGCCACGGGGAGCUGCUUUAAGCCUCCGGGUGAGAGGCAGCCUCCUGCUAUGGGGCCGGGGCGAGGGGACCACCAGGCAGCAGCACCACUCAGCUGCCCCAUCCAUCCCCUGCCUGCCUCAUCCAUCCCAUCCUGUCCUAUCCCAUCCGUCCCAUCCCCAUCCCAUCCAUCCCAUCCCCUCCAUCCCGUCCUAUCCCAUCCUGUCCAUCCCAUCCCAUCCCCUCCAUCCCAUCCCGUCCCGUCCCAUCCCGUCCCAUCCCUUUCCAGCAGCUGCCUCCCCUUGGUGCAGGUCCCCAGCGUAACGUCGCCGUGCCAGGCUUAAUCGUGUACUAGCAGCAAACGGUUUCAGUUAAGCAAUAAAAAAUAAACCAACCUUGUAAACAUCACAAAUAAUAAUAAAAAAACCCCACCCACCUUCUAUUUCUUGCACUACGACCUGUUUUAUUGAGGGAAAUAACUGCUUUUCUGGUCCUAACAGAGCACCCGCUGCGUCAGUAGCUCCCCCUGCCCAGCACCACCCGUCUCUCCGUGUCCUUCGCCAGUGGGCAUCGGGCUCUGGUUGUCCAACGCAGUCUAACCCCGUGUCAGACACACCACAAACCUCUUCCUUUGUGGCUCAGAGUUCUCCGUGUUUGUUUCUUCUGCUCACACCACAAAGAAAAAUACUGGGCUGUUUUGUUUUUCUUUCGUUUGUAAAUAUCUCUCCAUCCGUCCUCUCUGUAAAACCACCUGGUUGGUCUCAAGUAUUCUAUGUAUUUAUUUGCCUUUUUUUUUUUUAAAGCAAAAAAACACCCAAACACCUUUGUGUUAACCCACUCGUCCCAAUGAGAAAUGUGUAUCUGAAGCUGUAAAAUUAACACUUUACAGCCAGAAGAUUUAUGGACUCCAGAAAAAAAAAGUGUUUAAUAUAAGGACUUAUAAACUGACUGCAUGAGAGGUGAAAGAAGGCCAAAAUACUCAGAUAUCAUUUUUUUGAAUCACUGUAAAAAGAAAAGACUGGAUUUUUUUGUAUAGAGAACACUAAACAUAUAAUAAAACAUUGUUCAAAACUCA